UGCCGCGCCAGGAGGUCCGCGGGAGGAGGACCCAGAGGGAGGCGGCUUCCACUGCAGCCAUUGCUGAAUCACGGCUGCUGAGCCGAUCCCCGCCGGGGGGCUGGGCGAAGCGGAGGACUGGGGAGCGGGGCUGCGAUCCCCGGGCGCAGGCGGCGUUCCGCGGCGGCCAGCCCGGCCGGGCCUCGCACAAUGGACGGUGAAAGCAUCAAGCCGAGCCCCCAGCCUCCUGCGCAGGCCGGGGAGGAUGAGAAGAACCAGCGGACGAUCACGGUCAACCCUGCCCACAUGGGGAAAGCGUUCAAGGUUAUGAAUGAACUGCGGAGUAAGCAGCUGCUGUGUGACGUGAUGAUUGUAGCAGAAGAUGUCGAGAUCGAAGCCCACCGUGUGGUCCUGGCAGCCUGCAGCCCCUACUUCUGUGCGAUGUUCACAGGUGACAUGUCUGAGAGUAAAGCCAAGAAGAUUGAAAUCAAGGACGUGGAUGGGCAGACUCUGAGCAAGCUGAUUGACUAUAUCUAUACUGCUGAAAUUGAGGUGACCGAAGAGAACGUCCAGGUGCUGCUCCCAGCAGCCAGCUUGCUGCAACUCAUGGAUGUUCGGCAGAACUGCUGCGACUUCCUGCAGUCUCAGUUGCAUCCCACCAACUGCCUGGGCAUUCGAGCGUUUGCAGAUGUGCACACCUGCACCGACCUUCUGCAGCAGGCCAACGCCUAUGCAGAGCAGCACUUCCCGGAGGUGAUGCUGGGAGAAGAAUUCCUGAGCCUAAGUCUGGACCAGGUGUGCAGCUUGAUCUCCAGUGACAAGCUGACCGUCUCUUCAGAAGAGAAGGUGUUUGAAGCUGUGAUUUCCUGGAUCAAUUAUGAGAAAGAAACCCGGUUAGAACACAUGGCCAAGCUCAUGGAACAUGUUCGUCUCCCCCUCUUACCUAGGGAUUAUCUAGUCCAGACGGUUGAAGAAGAAGCUCUGAUAAAGAAUAACAACACCUGUAAAGACUUCCUCAUCGAGGCUAUGAAAUACCAUCUGCUCCCUCUGGAUCAGAGGCUCUUGAUUAAGAACCCAAGGACCAAGCCCAGGACCCCAGUCAGCCUGCCCAAGACCAACCACUGCUCGGGAACCUGCUUGGACAAGUCUUCUGGAUCCACCUCGACCCUGCGGACAGUGGAUGUGUACGACGGCGUGAAGGACCAGUGGACAUCCAUUGCCAGUAUGCAGGAGCGCCGGAGCACGCUGGGGGCAGCCGUGCUCAACGACCUGCUCUAUGCAGUGGGAGGCUUUGAUGGGAGCACUGGCUUGGCGUCGGUGGAAGCCUACAGCUACAAGACCAACGAGUGGUUCUUUGUGGCCCCGAUGAACACGCGGCGGAGCAGUGUGGGUGUGGGCGUUGUGGAGGGGAAGCUGUAUGCCGUUGGGGGUUACGACGGGGCUUCCCGCCAGUGCCUGAGCACCGUGGAGCAGUACAACCCAGCGACCAACGAUUGGACGUACGUGGCGGACAUGAGCACCCGCCGCAGUGGCGCAGGGGUUGGGGUGCUCAGCGGUCAGCUCUACGCCACCGGUGGGCACGAUGGGCCUCUGGUGAGGAAGAGUGUGGAGGUUUACGACCCUGGAACAAACUCCUGGAAGCAGGUGGCAGACAUGAACAUGUGCCGGCGCAACGCAGGGGUCUGUGCAGUGAACGGGCUCCUGUAUGUGGUUGGUGGGGAUGAUGGCUCCUGCAACUUGGCCUCGGUGGAGUACUACAGUCCUGUCACCGACAAGUGGACGCUGCUGCCAACCAACAUGAGCACGGGCCGGAGCUACGCGGAUGCUAACCCUGAGCUCUAG